UGUGUCUGUAUGAAACUAUGGCUGAUUAUCAACCUGUAUUCUCAGUGAGUUUAAAGGACUGGUACACUACAUGGUUUAAUGAAGGUGAACUUAAUCUCUUUUAAUAUAGUUUAUUACUGCAUCACAACACAAACAUUUGGUGUUCAGUUGUUGAUGGGUGCAGACAGUUAAAAUGAGCACACACUGAAGACAUGAACAACAGAAAAACCUUGUCACACAACUAUGUGUGUGUGUCCGCCCCCGCCCCCCACGGUGUGUCCCCACCAACCUUCAGCACAAAGUUACACCCUUACUGGGUCAUCUUAAAAACAGAUCGUCUCUGUUGUGUUUUUAGUGAGAAAGCUUUGUUUGUUGUAUGUAGUGUUUAACUGACACAGUGGUCCAUCAUGUGAGCAUUGUGUUACAAUGUCUAGUUGUAAUGAGUGUGUGUGUUUGUGGCUGCUCUGUGCCCACACAGAUGCAGUCCAGGCUGGGCUCAGGCAGCAGCUCCAGUCCUUGUACUCCAGCCCUGCAGAGAGCUCAGUUCAGCCAGAACACCAGUCUUCUGUCCAGCCGAGACGCCCCCCACAGCAGCUCUCUGUCAGAUAUGGCCCUCUCCCCCUUGUCCCCGUUCCCCCCUCAGUCUCCAGCUGAUGAUGUGUUCUGGGACUCAGCUGAGACUCCUCCUAAAUGGCAGUCCAGUGUCAGUAACAAACCAGAGCAGGUGGUUUGUGUGUCAGGGAGGCUCCUGUUCCAGCAGCCAGCACCCAG